GACGCACAGCUCCGAGACUUCGACACACGUCCCACCUGGAGGCAGGAGGACGGCGUCUACCGCCGCGGUGGUGACCUCCUCAUCGACUAUGGAUGCCCAGGAGGGGCAGACAACAAGACCAUCGUCUACCACAACCCGUUCAACAAUGGAAAUCCUGCCCAACGGUCUGCUGAAGUCGAGGGCUUCCUCGUCAAGUCCGGGAUUCGGCGGGUCUUCAGCGGGCACCAGCCGCAUGGAGAGAGCCCCACAGUGGUGAGGCAUGUUCGCUCCGGACUACUCGUUGUCACCGCAGAUACAUCGUACUCCAACAUGAGUGCCUUGAAGCUCUUCAACCAGGCGAACAAUCGUGGAGAAGUGGUCACUACGGUGCGCUUGGCCGGAGAAGAAGUUCAUUUGGAGGGUGUUCUUCGCGACGGGACGAAGCACAAGUGCACUUUGCACUGCGACCCGAUGAAGGACGAAAUGCCAGAUGCUUUAGUCGGCUGCCAGCUGAAUGAUGGAUCUUGGGUGAAGACGGUGUUGGAGGAUGGGCGUGUGCUUGCGGCACUGGGGAAGCGGUUCCAGGUCAGUGUCCAGGCCAUGCACCCGGGCAAGGCGUGUUUGAUGCUCAAAAGUGUCUACUCCGAAGAGCGGCUGUCGGUUAGUCUGAAGAAUCUUUCGGCUGACUGGCUUCUGGAAUCCGAGCUUGAGGUGCAGCUCUGUCCCGGGCCUGAGCCGAGCGGUUCGGAGGGAAUCGAGAACUCGUACAAUGCGACACAGUUCAAGCGUGAGGAGUUCGACAGUGCCGAGACCUAUAUCUUUGAUGGUCAUGGCACCCUCUGGGGUGUGCGAGGCCAGUCGCAAUCCAUGUCCAAUAUGGAUUUGGAGAGGCAGGUGGUGGACAAUGUGAACCAGCUCAUCCUGGCUGGCAAGAGAGUCAUUUUUGCCACCAAUGAUUCCAACUACUCCCGGCGGAUGUACAUCGACAGGCUUUUGAACCACGGAAUCCAGCUGUGUGCCAACGACGAGCACUCCCGGAAGCUCGCGCGACAGAAGGUGAUUACAGCGUCUUUUACCUGCGCAUGGUUCCUCAAGAAGGCUCUUAUCCGAAAGCCCUUCGUGAUCUGCUCUCACUUGGGCCUUCUGGAGGAGUUGAAGGAGGCAGGUAUCACCGAGUAUGUCGCCACCAUCGACGAGGACGGCUGCCCAAAGCCGGAGUACUCCAAGCCUGUAGGCUGGGACCAACAGCUCACAGCUCUCAAAGUGGCCGUCGCUGCUGCCUUCCUCAAGUUCAGCCGCGAAUGUGCCACUGGGCCUUACUCAGCAGAAGAGGGGCAGAACGUGAUGCAGAUUGUGCAGUGCUCAUCCGAUCAUGCAGGGGUCCUGGGUGUUACCGCAGAGGAUUUCCUGCCUGGACGCAACUGGUGCAACCGGAGCAUUCCGGCCGUCGGAAAUGGAACCAUGUGCCAAAUGAUUUGCAAUUCCGUGGGCGCAGACAUCCAGGCACCGUCGGCCAUAGGGAGGACCGGAUAG